AUGUACGAAAUUUUUGGUCGAACAGCGUUAUUGGGCCGUUGGAUUGUCGACGAGACGAGUCCGCUGUGGGCGCCCUUCAGCCCGGAGAUGCAUGAGGAGAGGAAACGCAGUGCGACGUAUCGCGCUGCUCUGGGGCUCGGCGGCGGCGGCGGCGGCGGCAGAGGCCAGCUGCCCAGCUCCGACGUCGCUUUCGGCGAUUUCGGCCUCGGCAACGAGCAGCAGGAAUACAAUACAGACGAGGAGCUGGACGACGAGUACGGCAAUAACCUCCGUGCCUAUCACGAGGGCCUGUUGGGCCUUACGCCCCCCCGACCCCCGCUUCGAGAGAGGCUGGCGGCCGUACAGGCCUCCGUGGGUCAUGGAGCCGCCACGGCGGGCGCUCUGGCGCACCGCGGCUUGCAGCUGACGGAGGGGGUGGUGGAGGGGGGGGCGAAGACGGCACUACUGCUCGGGGCGGUACCGUUGGCGGGCACAGCGGCAGUAGCAGGGGGUGGAUGCCUGCUGGCAUGUUUUGCCCCUGGUAAUGUCGCCCCUCAAGUGCUUGAUCCGGAGCCUACAGGAACAGCAGCGGCGGCCGCACUGGGGCUGCCAGCUUUCGGCGCGUACGGAGCUUAUGCCGGCACGCGUGCUGCCGUACAUGGCACACACCGUGCGGCACAAGCCGGCGGCACUGCGGCUUCGUGGGUGCUUCACCUGGCCUGGGAGGUGGUGGAGUGGGCGGUGGAUACGGCAGGCCCUGAGCAUCCUUUAAUCGGACCCCAUGUCGCAGAACGGGUGUGGAGUACGUGGCUCGGGAUGCUGCUGCUGGCGGCGACGCUGAGCUUACGCAUGGCGGAUCGUACGGCAAGGGUGGUGGCGGGCGUGGUGGCGGCAGUGGCGGCGGUCCCAGCGGAGCGGUUGGCGCACCGGCGGCAGGCGGCGGCAGUAGUGGGGUGGCGGCGGCCCGGCGUCGGCACCGCCGUGCCAGGCCCGUUGAAACAUAUCAUGUUGCCCUCCGCCGCGCGGGCACUGAUAAUAUCCAGCGGCGGCGGCGGCGGAGGCGCAGGCGAUCUGUCGCGGUACGGCUCAUCCGUCUCCGUACCUGAGCGAACGCCGUCGGAGGCCGCGUCGAUCGGCGUCAGUGUCGGGAGCGGCGUCAACGUUGGCAGCCACGGCGGAGGCGGAUUGCUGUCGUACAUGCUAGCGCCGAUGGUGAUGGCUGCCGCAGCGGCGCUCGCCUGUGCAGACUUUUGGGCCUGGCGGGUACGACAGAUGAUUGCGCGCAUGUGGUACGUCACCAUCGGCACCAGGGCGGCAGCGCUGCAGCCGCCGCUGCACGUACAGCCGUACCGCCGCCAGGAAGAGCACGCCGGCGGCGGCAGCAGCGGCACCGCCGCCGCCGCCGCUGCCACAGCUGCAUCCAGUGCGCCUUCUUACUACCCGCCAGCUUCGUCGGUUUCCGCGGAGGCGCCCGCUGUCUCCACAUCCGGGCUGCCGCCGACGGGGGGGCCGCCAACGGCCUUUCGCCUCAUCCCGCCCAUUCCUGUAGCCUACCCAGGACUAGGCGGCGGCGGGCCUCCAGGAGCAGGUACCUACGGUGCUGGCAGCGGCUACGGUCACGACAAGGAGUCCUUCGCAUCCCCUGCUGACGCCUUCGCCGCUGCGCUGGAGUUUAUGGGAACCGCCACCGCCGGCAGGCUCGGCCGCGCAGGUGGCGGCGGUACCGCCGCCGCCGCCGCCGCUGUGCCGCAGCACCGCCGCAGCAACGCCCACGACCAGCUUCCCUUCGAGCCGCCGCCGCCGCCUGCGCCGCGACCGGCGGCGGCAGGGCACACCAGCGGCAGCACCACCGACGGUGACGUGGAGCGUGCUCGGGAGUCGUACACAAGUCUGAAGGACCGGGAACGGGAGCGCAGCGUCGAUCUGGAUGUGCUUGACGCCGCGGACGGCGGUGGAGCCGCCGGCGGCACCCCCGCCGCCAGGAGCCGCCACCGCCCGAGCGUCGAGAACCACGAGCACCAGCACCAGCACCAGCACCCACGUCAUCAUUGGGGCGUCUUUGACAAGGCUUUACGACGCGACCGUCGCAUGUCGGCGGAGGCGGAGGUUGACGUGUCGCAGCAGCUCCGUCGUUCUGACGCCGCGACCAGCAGCGGCGCUCUGACGCCUCCUGGCAGCGGCGGCAGUACGACGGCGGCGGCGGCAGCCGGUGCUGACCGGCAGUACCCCGCGGGACCUAUCGAUGCUUCUGACGCCGGCGGCGGCGGCGGCGGCGGUGUUCCUAAAGCCCACGGCAGGUUUUUCGGCUACACGCCUCAGACCGCAGGUUUUAAUGACGGCGCCGCUGCAGCGGCCGACGGCGGGGAGCAGCAGCAGCAGCGGCAGCGUCACGCCAAGCACGGAGCUGGUGUCGCUGGCGCGCUGGCAGGCCUGGUGGGUAAGUUUACCGGUGGCGGCGGCGGCGGUGGCGACGGUGGCGACGGUGACGGCGGUGGCGACUACGGCGGCGGCAACCACGGCCGCUCGCACCACGACCAACCGCAGCAACAGCUGCAACGGCAGCGGGACGAGGAGGUUUCGGAGCUUCAGAAGCUAGGCGGACCAUUGUACCAUCACAACCACGGCAAGGUGCAACACUUUGGCGACAUGGACGUGUACGAGCGUGGUGGAACGGCUGUUGACCAAGGCCGUACGCCCGCGGUCACCGGCGCCAACGGGAACGGGGCGAAAAAGGGACUCACGCUUGGUGCCCAGCCAGGAGUAUAA